AACAAGACAUUUUUUUUUUGAGCGAAAGCAGAAGUUUAUUAAGCAGAAAGGAGGAAAAGAGAAGAAAAACCCCCACACAAGAGGAUCUCAGGCUGAGCCCCAAAACAUAAGGAGUUUGGAAUAUUUAAUUCUUACAGGCCCUAAAAAGUUAUAUUUAUUGAAAAGCCCAAUGAACUGUUUUAAAAAGGUAUGCAGUUGUUCAGAAAAGUUACUCCGCCUAAUUUAGCAUAUGCUAUUCUAUUUAGGACACUUUUUUUUUUCCCCGGUACUGGGGCUUGAACUCAGGGCCCACAGCUUGAGCCACUCCACCAGCCCUUUUUUUGUGAUGGGUUUUUCCGAGACAGGGUCUCACGUAACUAUUUGCUAGGGCUGGCUCCGAACCGCGAUCCUCAUGAUCCUGCGUAGCUAGGAUUACAGGUGUGAGCCCACGGCGCCGGGCUAUUUAGGACACGUUUAAGGAAAUUAGUCUACAAAUGCCAUGCUGACAAACCCAACUAUAACCAGACACAGCGGCGGGGCAUCCUAUGGAGGGCAGGAUGCUUUGUCCAGACUUGAAUGGGUUAACGUGAGGCUUACACACUCUACAAAACCUUUCUAGGGUUUAAAAACAAACAAACAAACAAAAAAAUCCAGUGGCGAUUUUCUUGAUUUGUUAACAGGAAGCCAAAAAAUUAUUUUCAAAAAAAAAAUUACCGUUAAGCCGAUCAAGAAGCAAAGACAGAGUCACCUACAAUCAAGGGAGCAUCUGCAGAGGAAAGAGUGGUGGUCCGAUUCUGAUGCUUACACAUUUUAUUACUAGGAAUUCGUUCAAUUACAAAAGCGAGGUGACCACACUUGGGGACCUCUCCCUGCGGAGGAGUCAUGACAGCGAAAUCACUUCCUGAGGAAGGAGGAGCAAAAGGGAAGUUAAGAGGCCACCCUGACCAGGAAGUGACUCGCACUAAACUAGCCCCAAUCACAUCUAAAAAUGGGGGUGGGGUGAGCCCCAACAGCCUAAGGCGGUAAAAUAACUAUUGCAUGAUACGUCGCGACCUCCCCACUGCUCCCUCUUAUAAUUCAGUCACGAUUCAAUCAGGGGAAAGUCUCUCUUCUCUUGCAGGAAGGCCCCUGAGCUGUGCUUCAGGUCCGGGAGGGGAAAAAAAAAAAAGUACUGAGGAAUGGGGAACUGGGGCCACCGUGAGGCAGAGAAAAGCCCCGUAAGAGGCAAGCGUCCCGACUUCAGGCAGCGUAUGGAAGCACGGGCAAACAGCCUUCUCUUUUUUUCCUGGGGACACGGCCAGGGUUCCCUAUUGCAGGGUCGGACCCCAGUUCCCUGUGGGGGGAGGAGGUGCCGCCAUCGGCCCUUUCUCCGCCCUCCAGCCCCUGAAGGACUAAGUACCCGUUGUCUUGUGACGCGCUCCGCCACCUUCCAGAUCUUCUCGGUCUGGUUCCCUAGGACUCAACUUUUACAGAGUCCAACCUCAGGUCCGCCACUAUCCCAGGAUUCCCGACUCCCUGUUUCCUGCCCUUCUCCCCUCCCAGCUCCCGACGCCCGCGGGAACGGCAAGAUGGCGGACGGUGACGGCUUGGGCGAAGCCGCGAGUGCCGCGACGUCUCCUCCGGCACCGGCUACGGGCUUGAGCCCGCCGCUGGGCUGGAGAGAGCGGCUGCGGGCCGGGCUGGCGGGGUCUGGGGCCUCGUUGUGGUUCGUGGCGGGGCUGGGGCUGCUUUACGCCCUGAGGGUCCCGCUGAGGCUGUGUGAGAACUUGGCAGCGGUAACAGGAUUUUUUAACUCAUUGACACCAAAAUUCUAUGUGGCACUUACAGGAACAUCUUCUUUGAUAUCAGGACUGAUAUUUAUAUUUGAAUGGUGGUACUUCCAUAAGCAUGGCACAUCUUUUAUUGAGCAAGUGUCCAUAAGCCAUUUGCGAACACUGAUGGGAGGAACAGAAAACAGCAUUUCAGAGCCAGGUUCUCCUUCCAGCAACAGAGAGAAUGAAACCAGCAGACAUAAUUUAUCAGAAUGCAAGGUAUGGAGAAACCCUCUCAACCUUUUCAGAGGAGCAGAAUAUAGGAGAUACACUUGGGUGACUGGUAAAGAGCCACUUACUUACUAUGACAUGAACUUGUCAGCACAGGACCAUCAGACGUUUUUCACUUGUGACACUGACUUUUUACGUCCUUCAGACACAGUUAUGCAGAAGGCAUGGAGGGAAAGAAAUCCUCCAGCUCGAAUCAAAGCAGCCUAUCAAGCUUUAGAAUUAAACAAUGACUGUGCCACUGCAUAUGUUCUACUGGCAGAGGAGGAAGCAACAACUAUUGUAGAUGCUGAAAGGUUAUUUAAACAGGCGCUCAGAGCAGGAGAAGCCAUUUAUAGACGGUCACAGCAAUGCCAGCACCAAAGUCCUCAGCAUGAAGCUCAACUGAGGAGAGAUACCAAUGUACUGGUAUAUAUUAAAAGAAGAUUGGCAAUGUGUGCAAGAAAAUUAGGAAGAAUAAGAGAAGCAGUGAAAAUAAUGAGAGAGUUGAUGAAAGAAUUUCCUCCUCUUACCAUGUUGAACAUCCAUGAAAAUCUCUUAGAAUCACUUUUAGAAUUACAGGCCUAUGCUGAUGUUCAAGCAGUCCUAGCAAAAUAUGAUGAUAUAAGCCUUCCAAAGUCAGCAGCAAUCUGUUAUACAGCAGCACUGUUGAAAACAAGGACUGUUUCAGAUAAAUUCUCUCCAGAAACAGCCUCCAGAAGAGGAUUAAGCACAGCAGAAAUUAAUGCUGUGGAAGCAAUCCAUAGAGCUGUGGAAUUUAAUCCUCAUGUUCCAAAAAUUCCCCAGGGAUAUUGCUAUCUUACUAAUCUUUGCAAAGACCAAGCUCUGACUUUGGGCCAAAUUUUAUUUCAGUGUCAAAGUAGAAACUGAAAACUCACUUUGCUUAAAAUCCAACUUGAAAAGGACAUUUUCUGGUAAGUAGGACAUGAUAAUAAAAGAUAAAGUAAUAUAAGGAACAUUUUUAAAAAUAAUGAAAUAGAGACAGGCAUGGUGGCACACACCUGUAAUCUC